AAAUUAUAUCAUUAUGCCGUCGUUAUUUGUUUGGUUUUUACUAGAAACAAUGACAAAUAAAGGAAAAUUCUCUGCUGCUUAAUACUUAUUACAAUGCUAUAUAGUAAUUAUCGGUUGUUAGAAAUGCCAAACGGUCCCGAACGCAACGUGACAUUUUGAAAUGACUUACCUAAGCCUGAUCUGAAUUUAUUGCUUGCUAUGCAUAACUAAUUGUUUGGUACUUUGCUUGUUGUACAUGGAUGGGAUAUAGUUUUGCUUCAAAGGGCAUACUCGGCUCUUAAUAGUUUAUUUGUUUAUAAUUACAGUAUACACGGUAUUUAUGGUAUGUGUGUCAAGACCUGUGUAUUGUUGUUUUUCGAGUGUUUGCAAUAAUAUGUGCCAAACACUACUAUUUCGCACUAGGAGUUAAACAGUAACCCGGGUAUAUGCGAGCCGGAAUCGUUUAGGCUAUUGUACCCAGGUACAAUAUUAGAACCCCGUACCUGACCAAUACAGCAAUAGGGCAUGUAAGUCACGUCAUGUGACCUCCGAGAAUUAACGAGAGUUUGCACUUCCGGGUACAAACAAACUACGAUAUGGCGCUGUCAAUUUUGUACUGGUCGAGAUACGUCGACGGCCAUGUGAAGCUUACACGAAAAAGUGAAGCAGCGGUAGAAAGCGGGAGAGUAUUACGAUUUUCCAUCGAUGAACUGAGAGUGAUACAGGCAAAUGUUCAAGCAACCAUGAGAGAUACGUCGUAUUCUGUCCAGGUAAACAAACAUCAUUUUGUGUAUUACACAUUACUGUACAGUAAAAAAAAAAACGAUUCAUUCCGAUUCAUAGUGCCUGCUGCCUUGGUUAAUAUCCAGGAACUGUUACUUUCAAACGAAAAUGUGUGGAGAACUACGUUUUAAAUAAUAACAAGUAUUUAUUGAUGACUAUAAUGAUGUAUUACAUAUCUUCUCUUCUGUCCAUCUUAGGGUUGAAAACGUUGAGUUUGAGGGUGAAGUACACCUGUCCAUUCAUGUAUAUAUAUGAUUACCCUUAUGCAUCUAUAAAAUAUUGUGUAUUUAUCAAAUAUUUACUUUUUUUACAACAGCAAAGAACCAAGUUGACAAAAAAAUCUUUGGUCUGGUAAAAGCUUGAGGUCUGUAUCGAUGUCUGUUGAAAAUGUUCUUAUCCAGGGCUCUUAAGAGGACUGUCACAGCAGACGACAGAUCAUUUCUAUAUAACUGCCUAGGGCAGUUAGGGCGUUUCACAGUUUGCGAAAUUGUUGGAGUUAAAUGUUGAUUUUUGUUACUGUUGUACAGUUGGGAUUGAAUAAUAUGUCUGUUCAUUGACGUUGUCAUUUUCAUUAUUUACCAUAAUUUGAUCAUCAUUUGUUUCUUCUGAUAAAAAAUGUUCUGCAUUCAAAAUAUUUGGUCUAAACUUUGAUAAAAUUUUCUGAAAUUGCAAAUGACAAAAUAAUAAUGUUUAGUAUAAUAAUUAAAUUAAUAUUGAUAAACAAGGAUCUUGUAAAAUAAUGAUAUAAACCUAUUCACACGAUUGUGCAUUGUAUGCAUGUUAUUUAUGUAAUAGUUAACUUUUGCAAUUUUCCUUUAAUUAAUGAAAUUUAUUAUUUACUAUCUACUUGUAGCUUUACACUGGAUUCUGUUGGAGGAACCCAAGCCGCCACAACUUCCAUUACCAGUGAUUGAAGAUGUGUUAGUCAGCGAAGGAUACUUUUCAUCAGAAGAUCCACGCACAUAUUUUAGGCGGUCACUUGUUCUGUCCCAGGAGAAGAUCACCCAGAUAGCCUUCAUGACAACCGGGCAGAGGGAAAACUCCCUUUGGGCAACCGCCAGAAAGCUGCGAUUCACUGCCUCCAACUUUGGACAAAUAAUUGCUGCUUCCAAACGCAAUCGAUUAUGUGCGUCCCUGAAGAAACGGCUACUGAGCGCCUACAAUCUUCAGAAGAGGGCGCCUAUCCAGUGGUGGAUAACUCAUGAGAAAAAUGGGUUAGAUGCAUAUUGCAGAACUGGAGGUGUGACAUUGGUACAAACUGGCAUUUGGCUUCAUGAAUCAGGCAUCUUUGGGGCUUCACCUGAUGGGUUUGUUCAAGGGGAUUAUUGUGGCCGCGUUCACCUUCAAGAGAAGGAACAGCCAGCAAUGUCACCAGACUUCAUCGAGGUGAAGUGCCCUUUCUCGGCCAAGGACAUGACUAUUACGGAGGCAUGCCAUUCAAACAAUGACUUCUACCUAGACUUAUCUCCAGAUGGCAGGAUGUGCUUGAAACGCUCACAUGACUACUGGCACCAAAUUCAGGGACAGCUUCAUAUUACUGGCACUCAGUGUUGUGAUUUGGUUGUUUGGACAACGAAAGCCAUGCAAAUUGUUAGAAUAUUAAAAGACAAUUCUUGGGCAAUUAGUAUGUCUUCUAUGAUUGAUUUUUACAUGUUGACAUUUUUACCAUCUCUAAAAUGAAGAUAUACUUUAU